GUAAUUAAACCCUAAAGUUCGAGAAAUUAAAGGUUUUUGCCUCUCUGUCUCUACUCACCGGCGACAAUCGCCGGCGGUCUCUCUCUCUCUCUCUUUGUAUUCAGUGUAGGGUCGACAAAAGCUACAGAUGCCUUCGAAGAAGAAGCAGCCGAGGACGCCGUCACGGCUAUCCAAUUCAGAACCUCCUGCUUCGCCACGAACUCCGACGUCUUCAAGCCGAGAUACUGAUUACAUCAACGAAGAGGAACUCAGACGAGGUAUAGAACAAGCUUCCGCUGCUUUUCCAUGUCUUCUCGGAAAAUCUGCAAUCAUCGGGAGAGUAAUUGAUGUUGCCUCCGAGUCUAUCAGAGGGUCUAAGAUUUGGCUGUCGGAAACUUCAAUGGUCGCUGCUUCAAUCAUCCCUGGCUCCACUGUUUCGGUGUCACUUGCUUGCACAGAAAGUCACAGCUUCCCUCUCAGCUCGAUUAAAGUUGAGUAUGGAGUUGAAUGCGAGAGUAGCGUUCCUGAUGAUGAGCCAGGGAACUAUUUUGUUCUCGCUACCGUUUUACCUUCUUCAAAGGUAUUGAAAGAUGGUGUUCGUAUUUCGACGAAUCUUCGCUAUGGACUUGGUUGUCCUGUUUCAGGCAGGACUGUUUUUGUUUAUCCUGUUUGUAAACCUUCUUCUCUAAGUGAUCAGUUCAAUGUUAAUGGUGGAAGGCACGGAAAUGAUGUCAACGACCUUUCUCUGCUUGCCUGCAAAGAGUUGUCUCUGGAGUUGACUCCCUUUAGGAAUAUGCUACCAGCAGAAAAUGACUUUCUUUCUAAAGAGAACGGAAAUGGGAACUCAACAACACCUAAGACACCAUCAAACUCGCAAAGGCCUAGCUCUCCGGCCUCAUCAGUGAAAGGGGACUCUGUUUUGAGUAUGAAGCAGAAGUUUUCGUCUGAAAGUUUGGUUGAUCUUCGAGAGGUCUUGAGCAACGAAAGCUCGAAGAAACUUUUGCAGAUUUGUGCAGCGUCUUGGUUACACCCUUGUACCCUUCUAUAUGGGAACUUUGUUGCUGUACCAGUUCUUUCGGAAACCUGUAUACUCUGUGUUAAGAGGGUUAAUAAAAAGGCAUCUGAUACGUCCAGUAGAAACCAUGCUUUCGUGAUAGCUCGGGAAACUAAAGUAUACCUCCAUCAUACAAUGAGCUUAGUAUCUGAAAAUGGAGAGAGAACAUCUGUGCAAGGUCUGCAGUUUGAUGACAAUGAUGGAGAAGAAAACAUGGAAUAUGAAAUCUCAAAGUUAGGUGGUCUUUCUAAAGAAUAUGCAAUUUUGAGGGACAUAGUUGUUUCCUCCUCCACAAAAAGUUCUUUAUCAAGUCUUGGUUUGCGACCUACAAAGGGAGUGCUUAUUCACGGACCUCCAGGCACAGGAAAGACAUCUUUGGCUCGUUCAUUUGCCCUUGAUUCUGGUGUCAACUUUUUCUCUGUGAAUGGAGCUGAGAUUAUAAGGCAGUAUGUGGGUGAAAGCGAGAAAGCUCUAGAAGAGGUUUUCAGAUCUGCUAGCAAUGCUGCACCUGCUGUGGUAUUCAUUGAUGACUUGGAUGCAAUUGCCCCUGCAAGGGAAGAAGGAGGGGAAGAGUUGUCACAGAGGAUGGUAGCUACAUUACUGAAUUUAAUGGAUGGAAUAAGUAGGAGUGAUGGCGUCGUUGUAAUUGCUGCAACCAAUAGGCCUAAUAGCAUUGAGCCUGCCCUUAGACGACCGGGAAGACUUGACAGGGAAAUUGAAAUUGGUGUGCCAUCUUCUGCACAACGGUUCGAUAUACUUAGGACUAUUCUCAGUGGGAUGCAGCAUUCACUUUCGGACACGCAGCUUGAACAACUUGCUGUGGGAACUCAUGGUUUUGUAGGUGCAGAUCUAGCUGCUUUAUGUUGUGAGGCAGCUUUUGUCUGUUUAAGGAAGCAUCUUGAUCAAGAAAGUUCAUCUACUGCUUCUGAGUGUAGAGGUUCUGAGUCCUCAACAAAUAUGGUAGAUGUAUCAUGUGAUAGUUCAGAUUCUGCAUCGUCAUGUAUCACAGUUUCACCCUCGACUUCAGUGGCAAAGGAUUCAUUUAGUUUAAAUGGGACAGUCUCCGUAGUAGCAGAUAAUUUUGAAAACAGUGGCAACUCUUGUUCUGAAAAGAUGCUUAUCAAAGAAGAAGGAGAACAUAGCUUGAGUGUAGGAUUUGAAGAUUUUGAGAAAGCAAAAAUUAAAAUCAGACCUAGUGCCAUGCGUGAGGUGAUAUUAGAGGUACCUAAAGUUAACUGGGAAGAUGUUGGUGGCCAAAAGGAAGUGAAAAACCAACUAAUGGAAGCAGUAGAAUGGCCUCAAAAACAUCAAGACGCAUUCAAGAGAAUAGGGACAAGGCCACCAAGUGGGAUACUAAUGUUUGGUCCUCCUGGAUGUAGCAAGACCCUUAUGGCACGUGCAGUAGCUUCUGAAGCGGGGCUGAACUUCCUUGCAGUCAAAGGUCCAGAGCUCUUCAGCAAAUGGGUUGGUGAAUCAGAGAAGGCUGUGAGGUCUCUUUUUGCAAAGGCAAGAGCAAAUGCUCCCUCCAUUAUCUUUUUCGAUGAGAUAGAUAGUCUUGCAUCCAUUAGAGGGAAAGAGAAUGAUGGUGUUUCGGUUUCAGACAGAGUUAUGAGCCAACUUCUUGUGGAGCUCGAUGGUUUGCAUCAAAGAGUUGGUGUUACUGUUAUUGCUGCUACAAAUCGGCCUGACAAGAUAGAUUCUGCUCUUCUAAGACCUGGGCGUUUUGACAGAUUGCUAUAUGUUGGACCUCCUAAUGAAGCUGACCGUGAAGCAAUACUCAAAAUCCAUCUACGCAAAAUUCCUUGCAGCUCUGAUAUAUGUCUAAAAGAGCUAGCUUCUAUUACCAAAGGGUACACAGGAGCUGACAUAUCAUUGAUAUGUAGAGAAGCAGCUAUUACUGCACUCGAGGAGAGUCUUGAAGCAGAAGAAAUAAGCAUGCGGCAUUUAAAAGCAGCGAUCAGCCAAGUAGAGCCAACAGAUAUUCAAUCUUACAAAGCAUUGUCUGAAAAAUUCCAAAGACUUGUUCACACAGAUCCACAAAGAGACAACGAGGAGGUUGAACUGCAAGGAAACAUAAGCCAAAAAACGUCAUUUUCUUUAAGGACGCCAUUGAGAUCGAUUGUGAUGUUCCUUCGCCGCCAAAUUGCUUAGCAAACGGUUUGAAGCAGCAGUUAUAUCAUCAUACCUAUAGCAUUUUGUCUAUUUUAAGUCUUUGGUCUUGUCUCACGAGUUUAGAAGAAUCAAAGUAUAUAAAACAUAUGAUAUGUGUGGACUUGGAAGACAGACUCGUAUCUCGUGCAAUGAAAUCUAGAA